GGUCAGACGGCGGAGGCGCGCCCAAGAUGGCGGCCUCCAUGUGCGACGUGUUCUCCUUCUGCGUGGGCGUGGCGGGCCGGGCUCGGGUCUCCGUGGAAGUCCGUUUCGUGAGCAGUGCCAAGGGAAAAGGAUUGUUUGCCACACAGCUGAUCCAGAAGGGAGAGACUAUCUUCGUAGAAAGGCCUCUGGUGGCUGCACAGUUUCUCUGGAAUGCACUUUAUCGCUACCGAGCCUGUGACCACUGCCUUCGGGCACUGGAGAAGGCAGAGGAGAAUGCCCAGAGGCUGACUGGGAAGCCAGGCCAUGUACUGCCUCACCCAGAGCUGUGCACUGUGCGCAAGGACCUCCACCAGAACUGUCCCAGCUGCCAGGUGAUGUACUGCAGUGCAGAAUGUCGCCUGGCAGCUGCGGAGCAAUACCACCGCGUCCUGUGCCCAGGCCCUUCCCAGGAUGACCCCUUGCAUCCUCUCAAUAAGUUGCAGGAGGCUUGGAGGAGUGUUCACUAUCCCCCUGAGACUGCAAGCAUCAUGCUGAUGGCCCGGAUGGUGGCCACAGUGAAGCAGGCUAAAGAUAAGGAUCGGUGGAUCAGGCUGUUUUCCCAGUUCUGUAACAAAACAGCUAAUGAGGAAGAAGAAAUUGUCCAUAAACUCUUGGGGGACAAAUUCAAGGGCCAACUGGAACUUCUGCGGAGGCUCUUCACAGAGGCUCUCUAUGAAGAAGCACUCAGCCAGUGGUUCACUCCAGAUGGAUUUCGGUCUCUCUUUGCUCUUGUUGGAACCAAUGGCCAAGGAAUUGGGACCAGCUCCCUGAGUCAGUGGGUCCAUGCUUGUGAUGCUCUGGAACUGAAGCCUCAGGAUCGUGAACAGCUAGAUGCCUUCAUUGACCAGCUGUACAAGGACAUCGAAGCAGCAACUGGCGAGUUUCUGAACUGUGAAGGAUCUGGCCUCUUCGUGCUUCAGAGCUGCUGCAACCACAGCUGUGUCCCCAAUGCAGAGACCUCCUUUCCAGAAAACAACUUCCUUUUGCAUGUCACUGCCCUGGAGGAUAUUAAGCCAGGAGAGGAAGUCUGUAUCAGCUACUUAGACUGCUGUCAGCGGGAACGCAGCCGCCACAGCCGCCACAAGAUCCUCAGGGAGAACUAUCUGUUUGUCUGUUCCUGCCCCAAAUGCCUAGCAGAGGCUGAUGAACCCAAUGUGACCUCAGAGGAGGAAGAGGAAGAAGAAGAGGAAGGAGAGCCAGAAGAUGCAGAACUAGGAGAUGAGAUGACUGAUGUGUGAUGUUACCCCACCCAGAGGGGGCCCUGCCCCAGACCCUGCCAGAAAAGGGGGGCCCUUCCCUCACAGAAGAGGCUUGGAAGGAAUACCCUGCUCCCAUUGCCUGCUUUCCUCUUUCAAGCACUCUGCCAGAGGGCAGGACAAGCUGGAUCCCCCACCCCCCACCAGACCUCAUGCCCUGAGCACUGCUGCUGAGUUGCCUCAGGCCUUGCGCCAUCACUGAGCCUUCUCGAACUGACCUCCCAGUGAGGUUACUCCAUGUAGAUGUGAGGGGCUGGAACCAGACUUGGGCUUGAUGGUGUUUCUUCUUGGUCCCUCGAACCACACUCACUUAACCACCUGAGGCUUGUCCCUUCUCAACUGGCUGUUGAUUUAUUUUCAGGGGUACCGAAGUGGCACAUCUAACAUACGGAUUACAUUGAAGCAGAAAGGGAAAGUGUGUAGCACUUGACCUUCUUCUAUACUUCCCACCUCAUCUUCUAUCUCAGCUGUAGCUAUUAGACAGUGACCUGCCUAUUAGCCCAGCAGAAGAGGUAGGAAGGAGGAUCUGGGUCUCUAGCAGAACCUGUCUCUGCCAGGGAAUGCUGGACCAUUCCCAUUGUUUGUACAUGGGAAAAGUGGAGAUUUAACUCCCUUCCCAGACUCCAGAAUCUUUAUACCUGUGUCUUGCCUCCCAGGCCCUGGCACAGUGGCUGGCCCCAUGAGAUAUAGAAGAGGCCUCUGCCUUCCUCCAGAGGGGUGUGCAGAGGAUCAUCACCCUUUCUCAUGCCAUCUUCCCACUGAGGACUCUAGCAGUAUGGCUGAGACCUAGAGGAUGAGUCUGAUCCCACAUUUAGGAUGUUCUACUCUUCCCUGCGGCCAGAGUGACUGACCUCAAAUGUCCAUCUUUAGGCUCUCCACUGGGGAAUGUUAGAGUCUUCCACAGCCUAAGGAGCUGGAAUGCUUAGAGAUUAGCCACAGGUGAACUAUUUGGGUUGGGUGCUGUGGGGAUUAAACCAUUACUUCCCAUUUUUUCCUGCUUGCCUUCCCUGAGGAGCCUGCCUGCUGAGGAACCCCAAGGACAGAUGGGACCUGCUUGCCUGGCACCCACACCUAGUGGGUUCUUCUACACAGCAGCCAAGCCCUUCCUACCCUGCCUGCCCAGUGUUCUUAAUGAAACACAAGUGGUGUCAGGCCUCUGCAGCAAUGCUUUGUGGAGAACAGCUGAUCAGGCCACACAGGGCAUGCUGUAGUCCUGUAGGCUGAUGCAAAGGGACACAGACUGGCCACUGGCAGCAGCAUGUGUGUUCCAGGUUUCCCAGCUUGGGCUCAUGGUUGGCCUCGGUCACAUUCUGCUGUGCAAAUGUUAUUAAAGCCAGAAUAAUGUCUGGGGGGGUUGACUUCCUCUCUCUGGAGAGCUUUUGAACAGGGUACUGUGUUGGGACUCCCCAUAAGUCUGAGCACCAAAGGGUCUUGGGAAGUUGUGUCUCAGCCUCCAUUGCCUUGCCUUAAAACAACUGAAUGAGUCUGGAGGCCUCCCUCCCGUGUGUUCUUAUUCUAGGAGACAGUCACAACCCUAUUGAGAAACUUUAUUGCUACAAUGUCAGUGAGGGUUUAUUGAGUCCCCAGAUACCAGUUCCUUAGACCCCAGCAGUUGCUGUGGUCACUGUGAGGAAAUCCUGGGUCAGGGCGGCCAAAGUAGGUGGUAAGACAGGUGUCGGGUGACUCAGGCUGCUGCCUUUAGCUCCUUUUGCUUGAUUUUAGCCAGAAGACCUUGGGGCCUGGCUUUUGUCUGUCGCUUCCUUUAGCAUAGGAUGUCCUUGGAGGCCCUAGGGAAGGGAAAGCUACUAGUGUCCCUUCCUCCCUCAGCCUGGCUAAGGCUUCUUUCAUUUGUCUGGCUUCCACUUGUUCCCAGAUGCUAUCCCCAAAUUGCAAAUAGCAAAAUUCCUGGGUUUCCUUUCAUCAGCCCAGAGUCACUUAUGGCUGGAAUACAGGAGCCACGCUUCUACCAGAAGGUCCAGGGAGGUUGCAGCAGCUCAAAGGUGGGGAUGCUGGUGACAUUGACUGGAAUGGAGAUGAUGGCCCAUGGCAGCCCAUGCUGCUCCAGGGAGCGGCGGAUCAUGUAGCUGAGGGCAUGAAGAGAAGUGGAGAUGGUCACUUUUUCAGCACCCCAGCUUCCUCUGACUUUCCCCAUCAUUUUGCAAGUUCCAGAGCCCAAGAACUCUGCUUUCCAAUUGAGGCACCCCAAGAUAAGACCUCCCAAAGUCAUAGCACCCAGCUGGGUGCAACACAGACAAAGCACUCUCACCCAUCUCGGCCAAGCAGGAAGAGGGCAGGGAUGUCAGCCGUCCGCUGGGUGCUGUCCUGGAUCAUCUCCACGUAGAAGCUGUCAUUGUCGACUGCGUUGUCACUGAUGAUCACAGCCCGACCACCAUGCUCUUGUACAACUCGAGUCUUGGAGAGGAAGGAGCAACCCCUAGAAGAGGUAGUGAUAAAAUCAAGAGAACAGCAGGUGGUAGCUACCCUGUUCCUACACCAUCUCCCUGAGGAUGAAAGAGGACCAUGGAGAAUGUGUUUAAGAAGGCUCUUAAGUAAAUAGUUAAAAGCAUGGACAAUUUUAAGACUUUUCUUUCUGUAUUGCAGAAUGGACCCAGGACCCCACACAUGCUAAUAAACAGGUACUUGAUACCACUUGAA